AUGGGCUAUGCGGAGCGGUGGGUGGAGCCGCCAAGCCCUUGGUUCCAAGAAGCUUUCAUGCCGCACGACAACCGCCCCUGUGCGGGUGGCUGGGAGCCUCAAAUGCCGAUGCAGUCAAUGCCUCCCAUGAAUGCGGCUGCAAUGUACCCACUCCGAGCCCAGACACAAAUGCAACAAGCAGCAGCUCGACAGGUGCAACUGCAACAACAAAUGCAACUGCAACAGCUACAGAUGCAGCAGUUGCAACUGCAGCAAGACCUCCAAGAUCGUCGAGCGCAUCCCCAGCUGCCACGCGAAGAGCUCUACCAGGAAGGGCGUCCCACAACAGCCGCCGCUGUCAGCCCCUCAGAUCGGCUCUUCUGUGAAGAGGAUGCAAGACCAGUUCAGUGCGAACCAAGUCCAGAGCAUGCGAGUACUGCCCUGGCCAUGCACAACGAAGAGCAUCCAAGUACUGCACUGGCAACACAGAAGGAAGCCCAGGGCAUCCGAGUACUGCACUGGCCACACAGAACCAAGCCCAGAGCAUCCGAGUACUGCACUGGCCACACAGAACCAAGCCCAGAGCAUCCGAGUACUGCCCUGGCCAUGCACAACGAAGAGCAUCCGAGUACUGCACUGGCCACACAGAAUGAAGCCCAGAGGCCUUCGUUCGUGCAGGAGAGGCCUGGGAGGCAGCGUUGGCUCGAGCCGGAGGAGCCGGAGUUGCUGGUCUUGGAACUCUAA